AUGGUCAGCGGUAACGAAGAAAUAGAAGAGUCAUCUUGUGACUUGAAGUUGGUGUUGCUUGGUGAGUCUUCUGUGGGUAAGAGUUCAGUGGUCUCGAGGUAUGUUACAGGGAAGUUUAAUAAGACAAAUGCUACAAUAGGCGCAGCAUUUAUUACUAAAGAGAUAAAGUUUGUUUCCGAAGAAGGGGAGCAUCGAGUAGUGAAUUUAGAGAUAUGGGAUACGGCAGGGCAAGAGCGGUACCGUUCGUUGGCUCCCAUGUACUAUAGGAACACGGAUGUGGCUGUGAUUGUAUUUGACUUGACAGUUCCCGACAGCGCAGCUAAGGCACUUGCAUGGGUCGAUGAGUUGCUCUCAUACGUUGAGAAAGAAAGGCGUGAAGAGAUUGUAAUAACUGUAGUUGGGAACAAGAAUGAUUUAAUCGAGGGAGACGACAAGAUAGACUCUGCGAUGGAACAAGACAUUGCGACAUUAGCAAAGAGACCCAUUUGGCGGGUGAGCGCUAAGACUGGGGAAGGCAUAGAAGAGCUUUUCCAAGACAUAGUCAGAAGCAUUCCUAAAGAGAAAUUCCGAACCAAAGCACAGCAACAGGAGGCCACGGCUAGAAACAAGCAUGUAACAUUAAACCCAGACAGCAGCGCCUGGCACAGAAUCACGGAAAGGACGACCUGCGAGUGUUAA